AUGAAGUACUUAAUAUACAUAGUUCUCCUCAUAGGGCAAGCAAUUGCCUUUAACUUCGAAAGUUCCGAAGACGAUGAGGUAGAAAAUACGGAAGUUCAGAAGGAAUCUAAUCCCGUGGCCAACCGAUUACCUUUUCCUAGUUGGUUGUCCGAUUUCACAGGUCUUACCGAAUGGCCAGGAAUGGAUCCACCAUAUAUUCCAUUAGAUUUCAUAGACGUCAAUUCUAUUCCUGAUGGAAUACCUCGACAUGGAAACGGCCACUGUGAACCAGUCAUUAAUGACCACGAAACAUGCUCGUUUGAUUGUUAUAAUUGUGUCUCUGCUGACGACGUAUAUACCUGUCCAAAACUAUCCCAAACAUUCGACGACGGUCCUUCGUUGAUGACAUUAAAGUUACUUGAUAACUUGAAAUCGAAAUCCACAUUCUUCACCUUGGGUGUGAACAUAGUUCUCUUUCCCGAUAUUUAUCGCAAAACUCUGCAAAUGGGCCAUAUAAUGGGAUCUCAUACAUGGUCACAUAAGUUUUUACCAAGUCUAACAAACGAACAGAUAAUUGCUCAAAUUGAAUGGUCCAUCUGGGCCAUGAAUGCUACUUGCGGGCAUUUACCAAAAUGGUUUAGACCACCAUAUGGUGGUCUCGAUAACAGAGUCAGAUCCAUUGUGAGACAAUUUGGGAUGCAAAAUGUGGUAUGGGACUUCGACACCUUCGACUGGAAGUUGAUUAGCGAAGAUGAUAAGUCCAAUCAGCAUGAAUUAGAAAUCUACGAAGAUAUAGGACGAUUUAAGAAGACAAAAGGAAGUCAAGGCCUAAUAUUGGAACACGAUGUGUACCCCAGAACCGUCGAGGUUGCAAUCGAGGUUCACAAACUCAUAGGCCCUGAUCAGAUUACAGUACCCGAAUGCGUUGGGGGUAUUGAUUAUAUAAAAAAAUUCAUACAUAUAUAG